CUAUAAAAAUUGUUUUCUGCAAAUCUUUUGCCUAGACCUUAACAUUGUUGUUUGUUUUCUGGAGGAGACCUGAAGGUUCAGGACAGAGGACGGUGAGCUGCCAUGGUGCACAAGAGCUUCUUGUUAUUUGCUAUUGUCCUGAUUCUAGGACUCAGCAGCCUGACUAAUGGAUUUACUCUCCAAAGACGUGAGUGGAACUGUUUCAUUUUUUUCUUGGGGAAUACUAAACCAGCUCCUUGAAACAUUAAAUAAGAGCUACCCACUUCACACUUUAUGCCAGUGGCCUUCUUGCCGUGGGUACCACUAGUGUCACGCCAAAGUUUGCUGUGAAAGGAAGACGCAAGUCUGUUUGAAGGCACAAGACUCCAAAGCCUCUAGGCUCAGAGGCUCUAUGGCUCAGGACACCAGUUGCUGGAGAACACAAGCUGGAGAGGGCUGUGGCUCUCAUGUCCUGCUUGUGGGCUUCCCUUAAGCAUCUGGUUGCCUGCUGUGGAAAAUGGGAUGCUGGACUUGAUGGAACCUUAGUGUGAUCCAACAGGGCUCUUCUUAGGUUCAAAUAUGCAGGGGGCAUCUGGCAGGGAGCCACAGCCAGUUGAGGGUCACCCAAUGCAUCCUCCCCAUCCCUAAGUGUCUGGGGAUGCAGUUGGAUAUUGUAUGGCCCUUUCUGGUAUUUUGCACAUCCUCACCUGGGACAGAGACCCUUGAAUAGUACCAAGUAGCUGUUUAGCAGAGAGGGGACAAUUGAGAAAAGUUCAGCCCACUCUGCUGCUUUCAGUCCAAAGCUAUGGACAGAGCCUAGUUAGACUGUCUAACCGAGGCUAAGGCCAGGAUAGUAGAUGAGACAGAGGAAUUGCAAAUAGAGCAGCUGCUUGCACAUGCAGAGGACUUUCUCAGCAAAGGUGCAUGCAUGGAAGCCUGAAGCUAUGGUGGAAAUGGUUGUGCUUUGGGAUAUAGGGGAGAUAUUCCAUUCUGUUCACAUUUAAAGGCAAACCUGCAUAAUUCACUCUUUUUCAAAAUGCUAUAAAGAGACAUCCUUUGAAAGCCAUCAUUUUCUGAAUUGCGCAAUGCAGUUCUCCAACCAAGUAAUGUGUGCAAAAAUGUAUAUAUAGUGGGAUUAAGUGUGCAAAAAUAACUGGACUUAUUAGUGAAAAUAAAAGAGGUAGUUCUUUACAUUAGAGGAAACCGCUUUGCAAAAUUGUGUAAAUUAGGCAAAAUUACAUACAAACAUGUAUAUUAGGAGAAUUUCACUCUGAAACACUGUUGAGGACUUAAAAAAAGAAAUUGCAAACUGAUGCGGAAAUAUGGAGAACUGAAUUUUAUGAUUAGGAAAGUGAAAAACUGAAAGGAACUGAACUUGGCAGAUCAACCAUCCCUAGUGGUGUAAAGUGGAUUACUGGAAUUUAUAGGCUUGCUGCAAUAGGGAAUUUGGUCAAGAUCAGAUUUGGUCAAGAAGAGAAAGCAUGUACAGAGUAGCUGCCUUGGCUGUUGCUUACUUUCAUUACUGACACACACACCUUCCGCUGAUCUGUUAACUGUAACUGUAAUGGGAUUUACUCUUUUCCUUUGGCCUGAUGUUGGCUGAGAUGUGCUGGUGAGAUGUGUUUGUUUUUAUAAGGUUUUUUCCUCAUCUAGAAAGAAAUAAGCUUGUUCAGGAAUCAAGUCAUACAACAGAAAUAUAUUCUCUGUGUUGAUUAACAGUGCUUGGUGUAGCGUAGUAUUGUGUCUGACAAACUGAAAGCAGAAAGAAACAUCCAAAACAAAUUAUGCCAUAAAACAGGGGUAGCCAAUGUGGUGCCCUUCUGGGGUUAGAUUACAACUUCAGUCAUCACUGCGAUGAGUUUAUGGGAGCUACAAGUCAAUAAUAUCUGGCCGACACCACAUUGACUACCCCUGCCAUAGAACCUUUCCCUGAGGACACAAUGGGUGGCUGUUUCUAGAGAGUAAUUAUCCCUUGUUAUGAGACAACAUAAGAAUCAGAGGAAAUCAAUGAAUUCAGAAUUUUUGAAAUCAGACUGCAGCAUGAUGGGCCUAUCCUUCAUAAAGGAAGUGCCAUAUGACAGAUUCAAUUGAACUUUGUCUUUAACAGCCACACAACAAUGUGCAGUGCAGCCCAAAGCAAGAGUGAACUGUGGCUACCCAUACAUCAGUGCUCAGACAUGCCACAGCAGAGGAUGCUGUUUUGAUUCAAGUAUUCCUGGAGUCAUCUGGUGCUUCUUUCCUGGAAGUGAUUCAGGUAUGUAUAUAGUUAUUUAUACUACCUUCCAGGGCAAGUCAGCUUUGAUAGACAUAAAAAUAUAUAGCAAAACAACAACAACACAAGCAACAAAUACCACCUCCCCCAGACACAAUUUCCCAUUAAUACAACAGUAUAAUACAAACAAGAACAGCAAUGGUAGUAAAAUAACAAUACAAGAUCUACAUGCUCAAGUUUCUCAAUGGCACUAGUUUCAAUUUCUUAUCCCAUGUACAGAUUAGUUCAACAGAAGAAAAACUUGUACAGCAGCAAUGGUCAAUGUGACAGCCUCUAGAUAUCAUUGAACUACAACUCCCACAACCCCGAUAUUUCGCCAUGCUGAAUGGGACUUUUGGGAGUUGGGACAUAUUGAGGGCACCACAUUGGACACCAUACUCUGUGUCAACCCCCCCAACUGUCCUAAUUAAAUAGGGAUAUCCCAUUGGGUGGGGCUGCUCUUGUGUGAGUCACCUGACUCCCAUAAAAUUGUGGUCCAAAAGACUGUGCUUUGGGGUGCCGUGCUCUUCAAUGGGUCAUGUGACUUGCAUGGGAGCACAGCCUCAAAAGACGUACAUCCUGGUUUUCCUCUGGGACGUGUUGGAGGGUAUGUCCCGUCUUGGGAUAUUUCUAAAGUUCAGGAAUGCAUAUGUGCAUUGCAAAUACAGUUGAGGAUGAGGCAAAGCCCUCUACAUACAUCUCCCUCUCUACUUUAUUAGAGUCUUACUUUUCAUCAUAGUUCUAGUGACUUAUUAGCAAUGGCUUUUUUGUGAUGGUACUCCUCUCUUUUUUACUUUUUACUUUUUUUGCUGCCCAUGGCAGCUACUACUUCAGUAGAAUACAUUUAAGCCAAAAUAAUACAAAAGAAAAUACAAAAAGAAGGCAACGCUCUAAAAAUGAUACAGAGUGACCAGCAAGCCCUUCCAUGUGUGCCUACAGGAUGAAGCGAGAUCAGACAGUAAGGCCUCAUGCUUUUCCAAGAUGGUUCAUGUGUUACAUUAGGUCACUUCUUUUCACUCGCAGGACUCAUCCAUUCAGGCCCGAAACCUGACGUGAGCCAGUAGCUCACAGAUCUCAGCUGCGCAGCAACUUCCAUGAUCUCUGAGGUACAAGCAGUGAACUAGUUUAGUUAUCCAUCCCAUGGGCUCAUAGAAGGAUUUCUGGAACAGCCGGAGCACUUUUGUUAAAAGCUGAUUUUCUGUUUUUUAAUAAUAAUAAUAAUAAUAAUAAUAAUAAUAAUAAUAAUAAUAAAUGCCCUGUCCAACUGGCUGGGUUUCCCCGGCCACUCUGGGCGGCUCCCAACAGAAUAUUAGAACAGAAUAAAACAUCAAGCAUUAAAAACUUCCCUUCCUGCCUUCAGAAGUGGUUAUUUCAUGUGGGCCUCUGACCCACGAUGGGGCUUAAUGGGAUCAGGUAAACAUGUUUAGGAGUGGUCUGUUGAAACUGCCAAAUAAUGAAACAAAUUGAUUUCCAAAUGGCAGCCCUAUCAUGUACAUAGUUCCCACUUAGCCCAGAUAAUAUCGUUUUUUAAAAAUUCUAUUUUGUUUUCAGAAUGCAUCUCUUAAAAUAAAAAUAAGCCACAAAUCUGCCUUUCUGCUCUGAUGAUCUUCUGGAAGAAAAAUAAAGCGAAACUGCAUGUAUCUGCAUAUGCUCUCCUGUGGAUGAAACGGAAUUCUGCUGCCAGUGAUGAAUGUUUUUCAACACUCUACUGCACCCUAAAAUAAUAAUAAAAGGAGCAUACAGAAAUAU